AUGUUUCCCUACAGCCUGCCACCAGAUCCUAAGGAGGUGGCGGCCAUUGAGGCUAGACGAAAUCGUGAAAAGGAGCGACAAAAACGAUUCUUUGAUGUGCGCACCAGAGUCAUGGGGGUGGACGUGGAAGCCCUGAACAGCCAGGUAGAAGAGCGGAAGCUUCGCGAGGCCAAAGAGCGGAGCAAGGAUGAAGCUCAUGGUACCGCCCAGGUCCACUAUGAUAUGGUAGCGCAGAUGCUAGAAAAGGAAGACACAGAGCGGACACGUCGCCUGGCCAAAAAAGUCCAAGAGUUCCGCGAGCAGAAACAACAGCUCAAGAAUAAGCGUGAAUUUAACCUUUGGGGUCCAGAACAACUCUGGAAGGGAUUUCAAGCCCUUCACGCUAACAGUGAUGCCCACUAUAACCCGUCCAGCCUGCAGUGCUUCUCUGGGGAGGACCCCGCGAGGGCCAUGACCGUGAAAACGCAGCAGGAGCAAUUGAGGAACAACCUGGACAAGCAGGUACACGAGCAACAGCAAGCCAGGGCUGAUGAAAGGCGUACCGAUGAGCUGCGGGAGAAGCUGCGGGUAGCUGUGGAAACUCGGGCCACCCAGCUGGCCAAGCUGGAGGAAUCUUGCCGCAUAGCCAUGAAGUAUGCCAUGGCCAAUGCCCACAAAGUCCAGGCAGCCGAGGUGGCUGAGCGACGGCUCCAAGAAUAUCGGCGGGAACAGGAGGCCAACUUGAAAGAGAUCCAUCACCAGAUCAAGAGUGACCUACUGAAUGAGAAAGCCCAGAUCCUCACACCAGCCGGGACUGUCCCCACUGCCUCCCGGAUCCUGCCCUAUGGCGGGAAGGGGAAAGGCGGGAUUCCAGAGAAGCAAGCCAGCGUCAAGAAGGCCCAGGCAGCGCAAUGCCAUGAGAAGGAGAUGCAGCGCCAGGCCGAGCAAGCACGGGAUGCCGAAUGGGAAAGACAGGCCGUGUGCCUGGCCCAGGCGUCCUUGGAGCUGGAAGAACAGGAGAGGCAGCUCUGCGCCGAAUUCCGGAGGGGGCUGGGCUCCUUCAACCAGCAGCUGGCUUACGACCACAAAGCCCAGCAGAAUUACCUGAACUCAAUGAUCUACAGCAACCAGCCUAUGGUCGCGUAUCACCUCCGCUUCAACCCCAGCACCCGCUGA